AUGCCCAGGAAAGCGGUUUUACUGAAAUCGCUGGCCCGAGGCCGAAUCAGAUCAAGUUUCAACAAAUACAAUCUGUUCAAUCUUUACAAGAAAGGUGACGUGGAUUUCAGAUCAAAGACACUUUAUCAGCAGAAAUGGACCGCCAAACAGGAAACGAGGGCAUAUCAUGGCGAACACUUAACUGAAAGCCGUUGGCAGACAAAUUUCACUCAAAAACUGGACUCUGUCGCCCAAUUAGAUGCAUCUUUGAAAGGUAGGGAAACGCAACAAACACCCAUUCUACUACAAACGUUUGGCGUGCUCGAAAAGAGACUAGACAUUUCAUUAUUCCGCGCUAUGUUUGCGUCAUCUGUUAGGCAAGCCAGACAAUUCAUUUUGCAUAAUAGCGUUUUUGUCAAUGGGAUCAAGAUUUCACAGCCAAACUAUACUUUGCGUCCAGGCGACGUUUUUCAUGUCAAACCAGAAAAAGUGUUGCAGGCACUAGGUGCUAAGAAACCUUCUCUUGCCGAGGCUCUCAAAGUCGACAAACGUCAAAUCGCCAUUUGGAACAGAUAUAUCAAAGCCAUUAAGGAAAAUCCAAGGGAAAAGUGGGCCGAGAGACAAGACACGUACCGUCGUAUGGACGACUCUCAUCCCAAAAAACAAGAAUGGGUUGAAUUUGUUCAAAAUUACAACAAGACUUUGAACUCUCAAAUGGAAGCUGAGAUCAAAUCUCAAACAAAGGAAGCUAUUUUGGCAAAAGUUAUGCUUGCAGGCUCUUCUACAACUGAGCCAACAGCUAAAGAUUUUCUACCGCAUUUUUACGAGGACACACCACUUGCCACCAAGGCCCAAGAGUGUUUCAACCAGCUUCAAAUGUCGGCAUCAGUUCCUGAAGAUUCUAAGACCAUGCCCCUUACUCAGUUGAUUGACCACGCCAAGACCUUGAUUAACUUGUCUGAGGAAAGGAAAAAAGCCAUGUCCGACGGUUCGAAGAAGUCACUACGCGCCGCUAAAAACCUGUGCUCGGAACUCCUUACCGCUCAAGAUGACACAAUACGUAAGGUUUACGAGAGCAAAAAGGGUAGUGAACAAACUUUGGCCAUUCCGUUUGAUACACAAUGGGCACAAAAAUUUCAAGGGCACAAACCGAUUGACAUCAGUGAGCUGGCAGAAGACGAAGCCAAGGCUUCUAAAGCCGUCAAUUUACCUUGGCAAAAAGGUGUCUACGGUCGGGAAGAUCCUUCGAAACCAUACUUCACACCUUGGAAGCCAAGACCUUUCCUAUCUCCCUUCGCCAUUCUACCGCAUCACAUCGAAGUUUCAUUCAAGACUUGCCACGCUGUUUACUUGAGAGACCCUGUAGCUCGCCCUGGCCAAUCGGAGGUGAUAUCUCCGUUCGGGCUGCCAGUUCACGAACGCGCUUACAUGUAUUACGUUAGAAACGGAAAAUGA